GUUUUUUCAUGUUUCUUGAUUUUGUCUAAUCCAAGAUGUACAUGUUGGUUCUGUUUUUGUCGGUUGCUCUCGUGGCUGCUACUCCAGCUGAGCAACAGCCUCUAUCAGCGGCAGAAAAAGUGGAAGCCCGUUUAGCUCUUCAAAAUCCAGAUCUGUUUGAAGGUGACAUUUUAGGUUUGGAGCCUAAUGUGAACAGAAACGCAAUCAGCGAUGAAAGACUGCGGUGGACCAAUAAAAUUGUGCCCUACGUCAUUGAUUGGUCUUUGAGCUCCUCAUCUAAUCUGAUCAAGCAGUCCAUGGAAGCCUAUCAUCAGUCAACCUGUAUUAAGUUUGUGCCAAGAACGAAUCAAAGAAACUACAUCAAGAUCUUCUCUGGCCAAGGAUGCUACUCUUACGUUGGUAUGUUGAACCAAGGGGCACAGGAAUUGUCCCUCGGUCGAGGCUGCGUCUACAAGGGCACCAUCAUUCACGAGUUGGGACAUGCCAUUGGAUUCUGGCACGAACAGAACAGAUCCGACAGAGACAACUACCUUACCAUCUACUGGAACAACAUUCAAAACGGUAUGGCCAACCAGUUCCACCUGAUGAAGCCCAGCGACAACAUCUUGUACACUCCCUUCGACUACGGCUCCAUCAUGAUCUACGGCAACUACGCCUUCUCUAGAGACGGACGAUCCCCCACCAUGGUGGCCAAGAACGGACAGAGGCUGUACGAGCCCUACGAGAAGCAGGCAAUGACCCAGAGUGACAUCACUCGGGUCCGAAAGAUGUACAAGUGCUAGGAAGACGACUACCUUGUUAUUCAGCGUUGACUUACGAUAAACAUGUGUACUGAAAUAUUUGGGAUGCAAUAAAACUUUGUUUCAAAA